UCUCACACCGGGUCCACCGUAAAACGGAACAAAGCCCAGCCGAUAAAUAUUAAAUCAUCCAAUUAGUACCAACGGACACUGCCCCGGAAAUCGCUUUCUACGGCAAGGAAUAGGAAUAUCCGAAAACGAUCGGUAUUGACGAGUCUAUAACACCGUGUUGUUCAAUCGCGUGGUGUGCACCGUGCGUUACCCAGUGACGACAGGCGAGUAAUUAAAAAAAAAAACCUGUGGGCUAAAUAAAAAAAAAGUCUUCGUUGUCAAUAACGAUCGAGUGCCGUAUAAUAAUAAAUAGCCUAGCAAAACAAUGCAAUGAAUCGUCGUAUCGGACGUUCGGCUGUGCCCAAAGUCAAAAAAAUAUAACCAAUCGAAAACGGCAAACAGGAGAAUAUGGAGUGCGCGGAGAUGACGGAAUGCGAUUCGGGAAACGACGAGAACCAGACGGAACUCUUAGAGACGGUGGUGCUCAAGACGUGCGGGCAAUUGGUGUUCGACCUGUUCAGGCGGUUCGUACGCGGUGAAGUGACUUCAACGGACGACGACAGCAGCGACGAUACGAUGUCGUCGAUCGGCAGCACGGGAGAGACGUACCUCGACGUGAUGAUGACCGACGCGUUUGACAGGCUAUACGACGUGAUGUCGCCAGAUCUGGAAAAAGCCGACCGACGUUAUCGGACGCCACCAAGACUUCAGUUGUACAACGAGCUGAAGGGUUUCGUGCGCUAUUAUGAGCUGCAUCGGGUCAACAGAUAUGUUUUUGGAGACGAACCAUACCAGGAUUGGGGACCAACCACUACGGAUGCACUAAGAACGGUCCGGGAAUGGCGUCUAAAAUUUAUCGAUGAAACUAAUGUGCCAAAUGGUCUGAUGAAAUCUUACAAAAUUGCAACUACUAAAAAAGAACUGCAUUCGUUUGAUGUUUCUAUGGUCGCGUUUGCCGUUUUUUGUUUUUUACUAGGAUACGAUAUCAUAACUGAUUACAACAUUUUGUUUAUAUUUCGCAAAAUUGAAGACAUUUACGAACCACCAACUUUUCAACAUGUUUAUAAUUCCGUAUUACGGAAUACAAGGUUGUUUUUGGUAGAUUACGCUUCUGAUGAAGAUGAAACAUUUUUUGAAUCUUUGACCGAAAAUGCAGAUAUCAUAGCCAUGUUUAAUUGGAUAUUUGAUUUAAUGAAUGAGCAUCCCGAGGUCGUCAAUAAGUUUACUGGAAACCCUUUCUCGGAUGUCCAAACUAUUACUAGUCAAAUUUACGACGUUAAUGGAAAAAAAAUAACUCCCAGCUAUAUUAUAACGUUACGAAUAUUUUAUCGAUGGGUUUCAAUGGAACUUUUCGAUUUACUGAGUGGUAGAUUUCGAGAUCGAUUGUCAUUAUUGGAUAACCACGUCAAACACUGUCUAUGCUGCUUAAGUGAAACAUCCUGGCUGGAAUUAUUUGAAAACGUAUAUGUGUACACGUUAAAAUAUUUUACAAUGAUCCUUAAUGAAUACAAUUGUCCAGAACACAUAUUGCAGACUUUUCUCGAUUUGUGGAGUGAUGAAACGUUAAAGGAUAUUAUCAGAUUUUGUGUAAAUAAACGGAUUGAUGGAAACAGCUAUUUAAAGCAUCGUGAGAUUUCGACGGAUUCGAACGAGAGCCUUGGAUCGUCUUAGUAUUAUAAUUAAUGUCAAUUAGACAGAUUGAAUUGAAGAAAUAAAGUAAAACUAAUUGA